GUUGAUCGUUCAUUCUUGAUAUUGUUAUUUGUUUAUUUUUUCAUCUGAAGAAGCGUUAGUUUCUGAAUUCUUAGUUUUUGACGGUUAGCUAUUAUUUUAAAGCUAGAAUGUUUACUACCAAUAAUUUAUUAUUAUUAUUUUUUAAUUUGAAUUAAAAUAUACUGUACACGUACCUAUUAUUGUCGUUAACAUUUGUGGAUUACUAAUAACUUGAUUAUUUGAUUAAUGAUAAAUAAAAAAUAAUUUUUGUUAUUUAGUUGGAAAAUAUUAUUUAAGUACAGAAACAAUUUGUAACCAUUUUUAAUGAUAAAUAUUUUUAUUAUCCAUUAAGUUACUAUUGUAAACACUUACCACAUAAGUGUUUUUGAUUUAAGUAAAUUUCAAACGAUACUAUAUUAUACCAACCUAGUUAACUAUGAUUGGUGAGUCAAGAUCAGAGUUUAGACUUAAGAAUCCACCGGAAGAUGGAAUAUCGUCGGUAAAAUUUGGACCUAGUUCAUCCCAGUUUUUAUUAGUAUCAUCUUGGGACUGUUCAGUUCGGCUUUAUGAUGUCCAGGCGAAUAGCAUGCGCACAAAGUAUACUCAUGAUCGGCCAGUAUUGGAUGUUAGCUUUCAGGAUGCAGUUCAUUCAUUUAGUGGUGGUCUAGAUAACAAGUUGAAAAUGUAUGAUUUGAAUAGUAAUUCUGAAAGUGUCCUAGGGUCACAUGAUAACGCGGUACGCUGUGUUGAGUAUUCUAAUGAAGUAAAUGUAGUUUUAUCUGGGGGUUGGGAUGGCAAUGUAAAAAUGUGGGACACAAGAUCAUCUCAAUGUGUUGGAACCCUUCCUCAACCUGACAAAGUUUUCACUAUGAGUAAUGUAGGCGAAAAACUUGUAGUUGGCACUGCUGGGCGUAAAGUGUUUGUAUGGGAUUUAAGAAACACAGCAUAUAUUAUGCAAAGGAGAGAAUCAAAUUUGAAGUUUCAAACAAGGUGUAUACGUUGCUCACCAAAUAAACAAGGUUAUGUGUUGAGUAGUAUUGAGGGACGUGUAGCUGUUGAAUAUUUUGAUACGGCUCCAGAAAUUCAAAAGAAAAAAUAUGCUUUUAAGUGUCACAGAAUAAAAGAUAAUGAUAUUGAAUGCAUUUACCCGGUCAAUGCUAUAAGUUUUCAUCAAGUAUUUAAUACAUUUGCCACGGGUGGUUCGGAUGGAUAUGUAAAUAUUUGGGAUGGUUUUAAUAAAAAAAGAUUGUGCCAAUUCCAUCGUUACAAUACAGGAAUUACGUCUCUAUGCUUUAGCCAUGAUGGUUCAUCUUUGGCUAUAGGCAGUUCUUACAUGUAUGAACAAGACGUACAUCCAGAUCCAAUACCUGAAAAUAAUGUUUAUAUUAGGUAUGUUACGGAUCAAGAAACUAAACCAAAAUAAGCAUAUUUCAUAAAUACCUUAUUAUUAUACACUUGUGAAUUUGUUAGUUUUUAAAAUUAAUGUACUACUUUUUUCAUUAAAUAGUUGGUAUAAAUAUUAUAUCUUUGUAUAUUCAAAAUUAAUUUUAAAGUUGGUCAUGAAUUGAUGAAUAGAAGAUAUUAUUAAAAUUUCCAUUUUUUUUUUUUUUAAAGAACAGAAAUUUCAAAUUUGUAUUCAAUCUUCAGUGUGUUUAAACAUGUUUAAAUGAAUAAAAUAAUAAAUAAUUUUUAGAAGAAUAGUAAAUUUAAAUCAAUUUUAGGAAAUAUAAGUUUGACAAUAUUUCAUGUACUAGGUAUAGUGUUUUAUGUAUCUCUCAUAUAUAUAAAUUUACGUUUGGAUGUCUGUAUACUCAAAAAUACUGGACCGUUUUCAGUAAAAGUUAUAUUAAUAAAUUCCUUGAGACUACAGGGUGUUUAUAACUUAAAAGCUUAUUUUUUGGACCCUCAAAGUAGCUAAAGGGUAGCUCACUUAUGAUUCUUUUUUGACCGCUAACGGUUCUGCAAAUAAAACUGGGUGAUGCUUGAAUGCCCGAUACUGUUAACGGUUCUGUAAACUAUCGAUUACCAGACCUGUACACUACGUACAGAUUUUGUUCCAGUAAUUUUUAUUUUACAGAUCUAUGAAAUAUCAUUGGCAUUAUCAAUGUUAUUGGUGGUUUGAUUUAUUUGGUAAUUACUAAUUAAAGUAAUCAAUUAUUUUAUUUUUCAUUAUGCAUAGUUUAACACAAUCAUGAACUUUGCAGAAUGAAUAAAUUACAGGGCCGGUAAGAAAGUGGCAGACUGUUCUUUA